AUGACGGCACUGGUGGGUUUGAAGCCCGACCUGCAGGAACGAGUGCUGAACUACUGUGAGAGCAACAAGGUCUACCUCACGAAUGCUCGCUCUAAAGCAGGCUUCUUGGUGGCCGCAUGCGAGAAAGCCAGGAAAGGCGCUUUGGAUGAGCGGGGCUUCGGAGCAGUGGAUCCCUACAAGGAGUACUUGUUGGCUCUGGCCCGACCUCGGAAGGCGGUGAUCGAUUUGGUGCCCGAAGCGGAGUGGCUCCAACGCUUCACCGAUGCGCAAGAGGUGGUCUUCAACGUGAAGGCAGAUCCUGAGAUCGGAGUCUCCACGCUCCGCCUGGCGCUGCAGCUGACGCACAGCGUCCGGGCGGUGAAGGAGCGUUUGAUCGCCGUGGGCGUGGGGAUGCCGAUCCACAAGAUGAGGCUUCGAGAGGCGAACGUUGGCUACUUGCGCGACGAGAGGACCUUGGCGUAUUACAACCUGAGCUCGGGCAGCCAACUGCACUUGAUGCCCAAGAAACGCGCCGGUCGGCGCCUGGCACCAGGCCUUCAGUGA